AUGUCGCAGAUUCUCGGGAGCCGUAUUCCUUCGAUUGUGAAACUAAAUGUCGGAGGUAGUCACUUUACCACAAGCUUGCAAACGCUAACAAGAGAUCCCAACUCGAUGCUCGCAGCCAUGUUUUCAGGAAGGCAUGAGGUAGAGACUACUGAAGACGGUUCCUUCUUUAUCGACCGAGAUGGAACUUACUUCCGCUUUAUAUUAAAUUAUCUUCGUAACGGAGAACUAAUCUUGCCAGAGGGUGCUACAUUUCUCGAGGAACUUGAAGUAGAAGCCAGGUUUUACCAAGUGCAAGGGUUACUGGAUGAGUUGAAGGUUGUAAGAGCAUUGAAAGUGUUUGAGAAAUCCGUGAUUUUGACAGACCGCAGAGAUUUUCGAAAUGUAUUGAUACGCUGGAUACCUAUGGAGUUUAUACUUGCAGGCGAAUGGUGUUUGCUGUUCCGAGCAUCUAGAGAUGGUUUCACUGCUUCAGCGUUUCAUUCGAGAUGCGACAACCAAGGACCUACAGUCACUGUUGUGAAUAGUGAUGGAAACAUUUUUGGAGGCUUCACUGAGAGCGCUUGGGCAGGUAAGACUGAUAAUACUGCCUUUGAUCGUAUAUUCAGUAUAUUAGAGCGGAUUUGCAGCAUACAAAUUUAUACGUUUUAAUGGUUUCGUAUUCUACGACUGCUCAUAAGUCAAAGAUAUAUUUUUUAUUAACAGCACCGACCGAGUCCAUGUAUCCCAUAUGGCAUUCUGCGAAACGAAGUUACCUGCCAUGCUGCCGAGCCUUUCUGUUCAGCUUAGUCAACCCGAGUGGUCUGGGACCGACCAAAAUGUCGCUAAUUAAUGGCAUGGAACAGUUUGCUAUCAUUAGUUAUCAUGACUGUGGGCCAGUGUUUGGUCGAGAGCGCGACCUAUGGGUAUUAGGACAAAAUGGACGACAGGGUGGCAGUACUCUUGGCGGAACCUAUCAGUGCCCACCAGGACAACAGAAGGAGUUUUUUACAGGCAGAAGUGAUUUUACCAUCACAGAUGUUGAAGUGUUUGGACUUCAUAGGUGA